CUUUACCUUACUUGUAUUACCGUUGUGUUAAAAACGAAAGUAGAUCGUUGUACUACUUUCUUAUUAGCGAUUUAAUAAACGUAAAUUUUAGUUUAUUAUCUGACAAAUACGUGAAGAACAACGAUGACGACUAAAGAACAAUUAAACCAAAACGACACGAAUUCGAUGAUGGCAGACCUUGAGAAAGUAAAGAUUAUGCAGAAGGAAAUUCUCUCUCUCCUCGACCAAAUUGAAGAGCAACGAGCUGAAAAAGAUCCAGUUCGAGCUGGAACGAACGUUAAAAGGCAACCAGAACACGCGGAAGAUUUUGACGUGUCUUCAAAAGCACAACUUCAUACAGACUCGCGUAAAGCAAAGAAUGAGACAGAGGUAUCAAAACUAUUGGUAGAUAAGGGUGCAAGACCAAGAAUUAAGACUACAGCUUCAAGUGAGGUUCACGGAUAUAAAGAGCGAUUCGAACUCUCAGAAGAACAUGCGAAAUACGGUAAAUUUCUUCGAAGGAAUUUUGUUCCUUUAAAUCAAGAUAACAGGCUUUCAGAAAAAUUCGGGUUUUCGCCCAUGAAAGGCAAUGUUGGUAUAAUUACGUCUUUAGUCGACAAGCCAGAACCGGAGAUAUCUAUUUUACGUGCACUUACGCCAAAAAAUGAUGGAUUAAAAAUCACAACAGCCCAGAGAGACAAAGGGAGUGCUUUUGUUACAGUAAUGAAGUCAGAUGAUGAAAAACAAGACCAUUCAGACGAUUUAAAUAAGAUGUCUUCAGGUAAAUCCAAACCCUCAGUAUCUAGUGGUUUAGGGUCAUCUGUGUUUCAACAAGGUGUAGAUAAGGCAUAUGGCAAAGAACUAGCGCAAGCCAAAUCUAUUGACAAGCCAACGGUUACGAUGUCUCAAAGAGGAAAUUCGCAUACUACGGAAGGUCAAAGAAAACGAGGCGUAAUUGAAAACCCGUCAAAAGAUAAACGAGGAAUUAAGAACAUGGAACCAAUACGUCCGAGGUCACCACUUGCUUCCAAUCAUCCUCCUGAGUCACCAGUGCAGAGCAAAUCGUUUCAGCAACAUGGUCAAACUCUAGACGCUGUAGCUUCACAUCCCGACAGCAAGAACAAGGUCAGAUCAAGUAAAGCUGAAAAUGAAGGUUUUGGAGAGCGUGUUUCGGGAAUUCUGACAGAUGUUGUUGCGAAAUCAAUUGCAUCGGGAGAGAGUGCACUUUCUAAAGAAUCUAUGAAGAAAAUGGUAAAAGAAGCUGUUACAAGGAUAGGACUUCCCCAAAACGGACUCGUUGACCACUGUGUUGAAACUUAUUUUGAUGAAGUUCAGAGGGCAGACGGAGACAUAGAUUACACCAAAGUGAUAGAACUGUUUGAGCAAAAUCCAGAAAAAGUAAAAGCUGUUUUACAAGUUCCUGAAUUAAAAGGUAUUGAAGAAAAGUCAGAUAUCGAUGUUGGAAAGAUUUCUGUCAAAACGGAAAAGGAGUUCAGUAAAAUGCAGAAGACACAAGACCGUUCAGCAAAUCAUGCAGAUGCGGAUAACAGCCCACCGCAAGAUAUAGACAUCGCAUCAUGGAUGCAGUUUGCAGAGAAAGAAAGGAAGGAUGCUUCACGGGCUGUGGAACUACGCGAACAAGGCAUGGAUACACUCUUCCUGUUGGAUGUGUCUGAAUCCAUGAAAGGGUCCGCAUGGGUCCAGGCAACUGGAUUUAUAACCAACUUCCUCGAAUGUCUACAGGGCAGCAGUUCCCUUCACGAUCAGGCGUUCGAACAUGUGGCCUUGGUCACAUUUGGCGGAGAAACCCGUGUGCACCAACAUCUCACGUGUGAUUAUUUGCAGAUACAGAGGAAACUCGAUGUAUUGAAACCGUCCGGACCUUCCCCGCUGCUGGGAGGGGUUAUCAUGUUGGAAGCUGCAAUCCUGGGGGCAAGUAGGAUCUUCGUUUCAAACAAUUACAAAAUCCCGCCGCGAGUUUUUCUGAUAACGGACGGGAAACCGACAUUGUCAAGCCUCAUUGGCGAGAAAGAUUCCGACAAAUCAACACUUACCCCAAAGGAAAGAGAAGCUCUUCUUACCAUAGUUCUGCGAAUCCAUUCCCUGAAAAUCAGAUUUUAUCCAGUGCCAGUUGGCUUUGCAGACAGGAGCUUGCUACAAGAAAUAGCCUCGCUCACGGAGGGCUCGGUCGUCUCUUCUGAAGACUGGAAAAUCCAGGCUGCGGCCUUCAAGAACUACCAAUUAGCUUCCAGACUUGGAGCUGAAGGGCUCAAUCCUCUGUUGACUGGGUCUAUGUCAGAGGCAGACCUCCAACAAUGUCUUGACUUUCUGCGCACCCAUGACAAAAAAAGAAAGAUAAAAGAAAAAAAAGGACUUCCUCAUCUUGGUUCUCGAAUUGAGUUAUAUCCAAUAGGAACCAGCGGCUACGGGAGCGGGAGAAUCGGAACCGUAACAAAACAUAUGGAGAAUGGGAAUAUCGGGGCGACCUGGGACUACCCGGACGGAGAUGGUGAUAUUCGAAGUGAGUUAAGUGCCCUACAAGUGAAGCAUGUUGACAACCCUCGUGUCCUUAUGGAUGAGUUGAUUGCACCCGGCUGUAGAGUGAGAAGAGGGCCGGACUGGCACUUCCCAGACCAGGACGGUGGGGCAGGGAAUCUGGGCUCCGUGUACAAGGUGAACCUUAAUGGGAUAGUCAAGGUACGUUGGGACAAUAGCAACACUAACUCGUACAGGUUUGGGAUGGACGGAAAGUUUGAUCUCGAAAUUGUGGAAGUGGAACCGACCGCUGCGCAUAGGACAGGCGCUUUUAAGAAUAAUCGCGUGCACAAGAACCGCGCUGUUGCAUCCAAAUAUAGCGGCGAUGUGAAGGAGGAAAGAGCAUCGCCUGUUACAACAUAUGCACCCAUACUUUCACAAACAUCAGCCGCCGGAAACCUGACGAAAGAGGAGACGGUAGUCGAGAUAAACCGACGAAACAAACCGCCGGUAGUAGCGCCUCGACAAUGGUUCUGGCAGAGAGGCAGUGAAUGGAAACCAUUUGCUGACGAUGUAAAUGUUGUGAUAGAGGAGAAGUAUCAGACAAACCCAAAUGGUACAGUGGUCAUCAACAUUGAUAAUGAAAGUUACCGAGUGGUGUUACCAAAGCUGUACAUAGCGAAUGUAAUUACGAAAAUGAAACACACCAUCGAGCGCCGAUAAUGACAAGAACAUUGCCCGGGCCAGGUUUCGAACCAGUGACCCCUGGAGUCCUGCCAGAGUCCUGAAGUAAAAACGCUUUAGCCUACUGAGCUAUUCCGCCGAGUACAUAUACUUCUAAUAUUUUAUACCUUAUAUAAGCAAUCAUCGUAAUUUCACAAAAUUUAACGACAAAAACAGAACUCUCCAAAUUAUUCAAUCGUUUCGCGUUGCAACGCUUUAUAAUUUUUAGGUUUUAUAAUCGUCAAAAGAUGCAUAUAAUGGCUAUAUUAGACCAUGGUAAAUGUUCAGUAUUACUGUUUCCUCACAAAUAUCAUAACUAAAACGAAAAUUUGCGAAUCUGAAACAACUUUUUUCAAUUUUGUCAAUUUACCAAAGCGUGAAAAGAUCCCUUUAAUUUGUACCGUCCCGUUGAGGUUACUCUAGUUGAAAUCAUUUCAUAGUCAGCUUCCCGUAGCUGGUUUGUCAGUAACAUCAUGGUGAACAUCACGUUUCAUUCAGUACUUAUGCAACGUUAUGCUUUCGUUCAUUAGUUUAUAAUUAUUUGAUGUUUUUGAAAUGAUGCUUGGAUGCCAAAUAAUAAAAUAACAUAUCUCAUUUCAUACAUACUUUUAUUUAAUUUACAUUAUAUUUAUAAGCAGAAACGCAUUCUUAUUCUUGAGUUGAUUUCCGUAGUGCUCAGCUGUGUUACAGCGUAAAUUCUUCUUAACAUUUGAUUAAGUGUAAUAUUUCCAUUGUUCGAUUAUGUGAGAACGUAUCCAUAUAUUUUAUUCCAAAUACAUGCAAACAAUAGUCAGAUGAGAGUUAAAGUACCACGAUGAGAGUGAUGUCUACCUGUGAAAAUUGCGGUAUUAUGAUAUGUGAUAUAUCGUUUUAAUAUCCACUUUCUUUGAUAUUUAACUUUGUAUACGAACGUUAUUUAGUUGUUUAUGCCAAUUUUAAUAGAUCAGAUUUACCUAUUGGUAUGUAUCGACAGGGGAUGCCUGUUGUUAUAAAAACGUAUAGCGUCUUCAGUAUUGCAAUACCAUUAAAGAUUUAAAUUUGA